CAACUUCCGAAAGGACCGGACCGAGACUCGAGAUCCUUCAACUUCCACUCGUUCCCGCGGCAGCACUGCAACCGCGGCCCGCGGCAGACAUUCAACGGCGCUUUAAUACACCAGUUCCAAUCCGCAAACAGCUUGCGAUCAGACCUAUCCUUACAGUGCCUUGGCCUCGUCGACCUCUUCGAGACCACCCAUUGACGACUGAACCGCCGCCACCAUGACCAUCCGCUCGUUGGGCAGGGCCGACAGUGCCUCGUCCCUGCCGCGGCUCCGCCUUCCGAUCUCCCGCAUGACAGCGACUAUGGCUUUGCUAGCGGCAGCAUAUGUGCCGCUGGUCCAGGGACACGGAGGACACGACGCGGACAAGAUCCCGGAAGGGGAAACCGUCUCGCCCGAUCCCAUUGACACGACGCUGUGGAUACACAUUUUCGUCCAGAUGCUCGCCUUUGGCGUGCUCUUCCCCUUGGGCAUGGUUCUUGGGAUCAUCAAAAACAGAUGGCACGUCCCGCUACAAAUUCUUAGCACAGCUCUUGCCCUCCUAGGUUACGCCCUCGGCCACUUGCACCGCGGCAGGCAGUUCAAUCCGAAGAACGUCCACGCCAAGGCCGCCACGCCCCUAUUCUUUCUCAUGGUGGCUCAAGUCGUACUGGGUAUCUAUCUGAAGUUACACCUCGAAACGGGAAUUCACGCGCGCAUUCGCCCGGUCCUUCGCAUCGCACAUAGCAUCAAUGGCAAAGCCUUCCCUGUAUACGCAUGGGUACAGAUGGUCUUUGGCGGCAUCACGGCGCUGGGUUUCUGCCAGGGUGAUCAUCUUGGGCAGUGCGCGGCGCACUUUAUCAUGGGAGGCGCCUUCAUCGCCUAUGGUGUCCUCUUAACCAUCCUCUUGCUAGUCGGGCAACUGUGGCUCCGCCGGACAGGCCGCAGUCAAGAAUUCUUCGACAGCGCCGUCAUUGCCGCCUGGGGCUGCGUCAACACCUUCACCGAGCACCGCUGGGGCACCGCCUGGGUCAAGAACGACUGGCAGCAUACUACCAUGGGCAUUGUCUGGUGGAGCGCCGGGCUCGUCGGUGUGUGGCUCAGCAGAGGCAAAGACGGCAGCCCCAAACGCAACUUCGUCCCUGCCUUUGUGAUACUCCUGACUGGUUGGGCCAUGUCGGCGCAUCCGCAGGAACUGAUGAUCAGCGCCAUGACACACAAGAUGUUCGGCUACACCCUUAUGGCCGUUGGCGUCACUCGCAUCAUUGAGAUUUCGUUUAUCCUCCGGGAUAAGCCCGGCCUCUCGGCGAACGGCACCCAGAUCGCCGGCUUCCAAUACAUUCCUGUCUUCCUUCUGUACGCAUCAGGCUUUCUCUUCAUGGGCGCGAACGAGGAACAAAUGUCAUUCAUCGCCGGCGCCGGCAUGGACCAUGUCGCGUACAUCCUGAUCCUCUACAGUCUAGCCUUCCUGCUCUUCCUCUUCGUCAUGGUCCUCAUCCACAUCUACGACCGUGCUGCAAACCCACCAACAAAACCUACCGUGAACGGGCACGUGCUCCGCGGAGGAGGUGGUGAUGAAGCGCAGCUCCGCGACGCCAACGAGUUUGAGCUCGACGGCCUGAUGACCGACGACGAGGAUGAGGAGCAUGCGGCGCGGCAAAAGCUGUUGAAGGAGGACGCGGUCGUAGAGGAAGAUUCUGGGCCUGGCAGCCCGAGUACAGUGGGGAGGAACAGUGACCGAGUGGCGUAGCCAGGUGGCAGCCAGGAGGGGAGGUUGCAUUGUACAUAUAACUACUGCAUUGGGUCAAUUUCUGGAGUUUGGGAGCUGAUUUGGAUCCGCUGUGGGCGUUCUCGUUCAAAGAAUAAGGUACUGUUAUCAUCUGAGUCCAGGGGCAGGGUAAAACCGCAGCCUGCCAGGCCUGGGUAAGUUAGUAAUCCAAACACCAAUGAAUUGCUCGCAUGCCUCUCAAUCAUAGCAGUAUCUUCUACCUACGACAUCCUGAUCCGGCAAAUGUCCGAGAACAAGCACGCACUCUGAGGCUUAUUGUCUUUCGCCAUAAGGAUAUGGAACCCUGGUUAGGAAUAGAGAAUAUUGAUGGGAAACUGGAGCUUUACGGCGGAAUACGGGCUUAGCUUGGGGUUGUUUGGAGUUGUGCAACCAUAUAU